AUGCGGUUCCAACAGUAUGCCGCUUGGGCGUGCGCUCUAUCGUGGGCUAUGACUACGGCGUUCGUCACUGCCAAAAACGACACGACGGCGGGGACGACGUACCCCACCAAGUCGGGCAUCAAGAUUUGGGUCGACCCCGACACCCCCGAGACCCGCCACUCGUACACCAGCUCGCGCGGCCGGAAAUGGGAUCUGGUCAUGAGCGACGAGUUCAACGUGGCCAACCGAAGCUUCCGACCGGGCGACGACCACAUCUGGACUUCACUGGAGAAGCCCGAUGGUGUCAACGGCGCUCUGGAGCUCUACUCGCACAACAUGACCUCGACCAAGUGCGACGACGAUGGCACGUGCUACUUCUUCAUCAAGGCCAUCGACGAGCUCAACGUGAUCCACGUCUACAACAUGUACACGCACCCUCCGGGCUACGUGGACGCCUACUUCUUCUACCGUGCGGCCAUGGUGCAGUCGUGGAACAAGUUCUGCUACCAGGGAGGCAUGAUUGAAACGCGCGUGCAGCUCCCCGGUGUUGUCACGCCCGAUUCGGGUAACCCUGACCUGGCCAAGGGCAAGAACACCCAGGUCGAAGCUACCAAGUACUACCCGACGUGGCCCGGCAUCUGGAUGAUGGGGAACCUUGGUCGCGCUAUCUUCUCUGCGUCGACGAACCGCAUGUGGCCGUUCUCCUACGACAAGUGUGAGCCUGACCUGUUCGACCCGACCUACCAGCGUAUCAGCGCGUGCAACGACAACCCGGGCUACGGCUUGAACCCGAACCAAGGCCGCGGCGCCCCCGAAAUCGACGUGUUGGAAGGUGGCGCGACGCUUGUGUCGUCGUCGCUGCAGAUUGGCCCGGGUAUGCCUGACGACUACCGUAUUAUCGGAGUCAACUACGGACAAGACGACCCGUCGUGUAUCUACGCUGGUACGUGUAACACUCCCGGUGCCAACUACGUUGACGUCCCCACCGCGGUCUAUCAGAAGCAGCGCGGACACAAGUCAUGGUACCAGGGUCUCCGUUACGGGGCCAACAACCUCUGCGCGCCGGACCCCAAGGCCAAGCAGUCGUACAGCACAAUCGCUGCGUCUUUGAAGGCUGGUAUCACUGAAAACUCGUGCUCGAGUGACAUUUGUCCCGCCUCGAACGAUGUCAACGGCGACAUCAGCCUCAUUGACGGCAAGGGCGAGGAUCACUGGGGCAUCAACUCGAACGGAACGUGCUACCCCCUCUUCAACGUCUACACUGGUGCCUACUUGUGUGACCCGGACAACACAUUUUGGAAGUGCGCGCAGCCGCGUAAUGAGACCACGACGCCCAAGUCCAACGCCAUGAGCCAAUUCAACUACCAGAUGGAUGCCAUCUCGGCCAAUUGGCCCGUGCACCUCGGCGCGUACACCAACUACGUCACGUACCAGCUCGAGUGGGUGACCGGCAAGAAAGGAUACGUGCGGUGGAUGCUCGAGGGCAGUCCGCUGUUCGAGGUGCCGUCCGAGUCCAUUUGGGAUAUCCCUCAGAACAAGAACAAGAGCAACCCGGAGAAGACGAUGCUCGAGGAGCCUAUGUACCUCAUCUUCAACGUCGCUCUGUCGAGUUCGUGGGGUGCCACGCCUCCCAACGCUGGUAAGGAAUGCCGCGGUGACGGCAAAGACGCCACGACCAACAAGAUCUGCGACGCGUUCCCGCUGUACCUGAAGAUCGACUACAUCCGUCUGUACCAGGACCUGGGCGACGACCUCGAGGCCGACAACUACAUGCAGGUUGGCUGCGACCCCAAGAGCCACCCGACCAAGAAGUGGAUCGACGCUCACAUGGACGAGUAUGAGGAUGACGACAACAAACACAAGGAGGUGGCGGGCAAGGCCUUCUGUACCACAAACGACGACUGCACCAUUGGUGGAGAUCUGGGCAAGACGCUGCUGAAGACCGGCAAGUGCGUCAAGAAGCGCUGCCAGUGCACGUACUCGUCGUCAUGGGGUGGUCCACGCUGCACUACCGCAAUCUCCGGUUCGUCGUCUGCUACGGUCACGAAGACUACGACGACCAACUCGUACGGACCUCCGUUCGGCAUGUCGAUCGGCGCUGCGGGUAUCAUGGUCUUCCUGAGUUUCAUCUCCGUCAUACAAUCGUACGGUGGCCACGGCAACGACGCUCGGCACAGACCGAGGGACAACUACAGUCAAAACUUCGUCUAA